UCAUGGACAUAGAUUGAAUGGGACACCAUGUCAAUGUUUAGCUUUGCAUUCAUCAAAUCUCGGCUCUUGCUGGGGCCGACAUUUGACAACGGUCCCCGUGGCCUUGUUCAGCGUUUCUAUCGCACUGCCAUUCCAAUUCUCGCCAUGCACAAGUCAUGACGUCCAUUUGGAGCAGGUCCAUGGUUGUACAGUCGGCCAUGGCUUGGAACUCAAAUGAACCAAGGAUAUUAAAACAUCAUCGCAUCUAGAGGUCCACUCUUUUCCAAGUCCUUUCGUCCUUUGCUGCUUGUCAGUUCCAUCUUGCAAUUUGGGUUGGAAGCCAAGCUCGCGAUGCGGCCAGUCGUUGAGCCCCCGACGCGGAUUCUGUUCCUCACCACCCAGCAACCCAGCACGAUCAAGGCAGAAUGGCCAUUUUAUCAAAACUACGACCUCCCGGAUCUCCUCAAAGAGAAGGGUGCGUUAGUCAACUUCAAAUCCUGGAUGGACGAGGAUAUCCUGGCGGCGCUCGAACAAGUCGACAUUGUGACCUUCCUCUGGUGCAACGAGUACUACAAGUACCCCGGUCGGUUCUUCUCCUUUCUGGACCAAGUAGACAAGUCGAUCAAGGCCAGACUGCACGCGCCUAGAAUAGUUAACCCCAUUGAACUGGUGCGCUGGAAUGCCGACAAGCGCUAUCUUCUGGACAUGAAGGAAGAAGGAUUCGAGAUCCCCAAAACCCAAUUGGUGGAGCCUCAAAAGUACAGCGUGUCAGGGUUACACGCCCUCAUUCAAAACUUUUCGCCGCCUGGUUCGGUGGUUCUGAAGCCGUCGAUGUCUGCGUCGUCCACCUUGACCCGGCGCAUCGCUAGUACCACCACCCUGAAUGCCGAUGAUGUGGCCUUUCUAGAGCUGUGCACGCUGGGUGGGCUGCGGAGCUCGUUGGUCAUCCAACAAUUUGAGCCCGACAUCCGGACGGGAGAAUAUUCCUUCAUCUUCGUGGGGCCUCACCUGACCCAUGCAAUGCUCAAGUGCCCGGGACGAGGAGAAUUCCGGGUCCAGGAUGAGUACGGCGGAUCGGCCAGGCUGGUGGAUAUUGGGGGAUUAAAGUUGCGGACCCUUCAGGCGGUGCGGGCCGUGUUUGGAACACUGCAACGCCGGUUUGGCAUGACGCCCACCGGAGAAUUGGGCUACGCGCGGAUUGACGGGCUCAUCACGGAGGAUCGACCCUUUGUGCUGAUGGAGAUUGAAGUCAUCGAGCCUCAUCUGUGGCUCGAGACGGGGAAGGGGAUCGACCGCCUGCUGUCUCUUCUCACGUCCGCUUAGACUUAGGAAAUCCUGUCAGCGUACAGCCACAAAGGUACAUUCCCGGAUGACCUCACGACCAUGGACGUAUGACAGCUACACGAAAGGGGUGGUGGCGGACAUGUGAAGCCGAACUGGAACUCUUCUUGAAGCUUGUUGUCUUCCCGUUGCUCGUCCAUGACGUGUGGGCGUGCAGUGGGAAGCCAUGCUGCAUAUCCUGCUUUAACUAGCGCGAUCGAUGACUGUUUGCAUGUAGAAAUUUAGGCCUAGGCCCCUCUCGUCUAAGCCAGAAAUCUGUGUAUAGUUGUGAAGCGAGUGGUUUGAGUCCAGUUAAACCAUCUUUGAAAUAUAUACUUUCGACAGACAUGAGCCAUGCAGGCAGUAUUUCAG